GACGGGCGCUCCGGGCGUUGGCUCCUCCCUCCCCAAGAUGGCGUCCCUGCUGCAGUCGGAGCGGGUUCUCUAUCUCGUCCAAGGAGAAAAGAAGGUUCGGGCCCCGCUCUCGCAGCUCUAUUUCUGCCGCUACUGCAGUGAGCUGCGAUCGCUGGAAUGUGUGUCGCACGAGGUGGACUCACAUUAUUGUCCCAGCUGCUUAGAAAACAUGCCAUCAGCUGAAGCCAAAUUAAAAAAGAAUAGAUGUGCCAACUGCUUUGACUGUCCUGGGUGCAUGCACACCCUUUCCACCCGGGCAACAAGCAUCUCCACACAGCUUCCAGAUGACCCAGCCAAAACCACCAUGAAGAAAGCCUAUUAUUUGGCCUGUGGAUUUUGCCGGUGGACAUCUAGAGAUGUGGGCAUGGCAGACAAAUCUGUAGCUAGUGGUGGUUGGCAAGAACCAGAAAAUCCUCACACACAGCGGAUGAACAAGUUGGUUGAAUAUUACCAGCAGCUUGCUCAGAAAGAAAAGGUUGAACGAGAUCGCAAGAAACUGGCACGGCGUAGAAACUAUAUGCCCUUGGCUUUUUCGGACAAAUACAGUCUUGGAACCAGGCUUCAGCGACCACGCGCUGGCGCAUCCAUUAGUACGCUUGCUGGACUUUCCCUUAGAGAAGGAGAAGACCAGAAAGAGAUAAAGAUUGAACCAGCUCAGGCCGUCGCUGAAGUGGAGCCUCUGCCUGAAGACUACUACACGCGCCCGGUGAACCUCACAGAGGUGACCACCCUUCAACAGCGCCUCCUUCAGCCUGACUUCCAGCCAGUCUCUGCUUCACAGCUCUAUCCUCGACACAAGCACCUUCUGAUCAAACGGUCCCUGCGCUGUCGGAAAUGUGAACACAACUUGAGCAAGCCAGAAUUUAAUCCAACAUCUAUCAAAUUCAAAAUCCAAUUGGUUGCUGUCAAUUAUAUUCCAGAAGUGAGAAUCAUGUCAAUCCCCAACCUUCGCUACAUGAAGGAGAGCCAGGUCCUCCUGACUCUUACAAAUCCAGUAGAGAACCUGACCCAUGUGACUCUGCUGGAGUGUGAAGAGGGGGACCCUGAUAGUAUCAACAGCACUGCGAAGGUGGUGGUGCCUCCCGAGGAGCUUACCUUAGCCGGCAGGGACGCAGCAGCAGAGUACGAUGAGCUGGCCGAGCCCCAGGACUUUCAGGAUGACCCUGACAUUGUAGCUUUCAGAAAAGCCAACAAAGUAGGCAUCUUCAUCAAAGUCACUCCACAGCGUGAGGAAGGCGAAGUGACCGUGUGCUUCAAGAUGAAACAUGAUUUUAAAAAUCUGGCUGCCCCCAUUCGCCCUAUGGAAGAAAGUGACCAGGGCACAGAGGUCAUCUGGCUCACUCAGCAUGUGGAACUAAGCUUUGGCUCUCUUCUUCCUUAAAACAAAGUCUCCUGGUGGGCAGAUCCUACCCACAGCUCUGUCACCACAACUCCAACAGUGUGGAAGCUGCUGCUUCAUUAGACAUGUGUAUAAAGAUGUACCCAUCGCUACUGUAUCUUGCUCCUAGGAGUGGUGGAGGACAGGCCAGGGUCAGGAGCACAGGGUAACUGCUG